AUGGCGUCCAGGGCACCAGCCCGGACAGGGGCACGAGCAGGCGCAGGAGAGGGAGCCGGAGCUGGAGAGGUCACACAGGAUGGAAGGUCGGCAGAUUCGAUGGAAGGCAGGCAAUCUCCACCCCCAUGGAUUGGUGAUCCACCGACAUUUUGGCUAAUGCAUUUUAUUACAACUCCCAUCCCCAAUUCCAUGCUGUUUGGGGGUUCAAAAAUAUUUUUCGAUCGAAGUCUAUCAGUUCCCGGAAAUGAGGGCGACUACGCCAUACCCCUGGCCAUUGCGGUGCCAAUGAUUUUCCUGCAUCAGAAGCAUAGGGAAGAAUUGCUUCAUGGACGUUCAGCAAGCUUCAUCAACACUUUGGAUCAUCCAAUCCCACCGGGUGCUUUGCCAUGGCAGGUUAUGAAAGAGUUGGUCCAAUUAUUGUUUCAGGCCUCCUCCCUUGAUGAGUGCGUACAGCGGUUCAGUUCAUUAACUGCGCGAAUGAUAUUUGAGGUUCUGGUCAAUGUGAUUCAACGCGCUGAAAAUCUGCGAGUGCACGUCACCUACAAAACCUCCUCCUCCAUGGCUAUUGCAGACUUCCUCAGGCCUGGAUCCUGGUCUCAGCAUCCACCUCCACAGCCAACACAGACAAUGGAGGAGUACAUGGAACAGGUGAAGAGUGCUAUGAUUGAAGAGGCGCAUAUGAAACUCUACUUUUACAAUAUCCUGCUUUACGAGCUCUACGAGGAUUUAAAGCUACCGGAGAACCAACACUGCCACCUUAUCCUCCGAUACAUCUUAGUUAAUCUAACACGGUUGCUACGAGACUUCUGUAUGGCUUCAGCUUUGCCUGAUGGAUUAAGGGACGAUAGAUCCCUCCUCUUCGCUUAUGCUGGGAUGCGUGUGGAGUCGAUGAGCACAAUCUUGCGUGUACUGGGUCUCAAAUUUGGGCGAUAUUUAAUCCAAGCGCCUCCCACCUCCCUCCAGAGGAAAGGGCCAAAUCAAGCUGAAGGGGCGGGCGAUGGACAGCCUCCAAUUCUAGCUGAACGCAUUCUAACCAAUGCAAUCCUGAUGAACACCCCCGAGGCGUGGUACUGUGGUGCCACUGUACCUGAGUUCCUCCUUCACAGCGUUCCCGAUUGCAACCUCCAAAAUCCACAAUGCCUCUGUUGGAGCUUUCUACAAAUCUUUCCUGGUGCUCUUGAGGGAUGA